ACCCCUUGUGCUCUGUACCUGAGACUGUAAAGCAUCAUUGAAGGAUUUAGCUCACUUUUAUCCUUUACUUCAAACCGAAUAAAACACAACAGGUACGUUUAGCGCUAAAAAAAAGAACCCGAAAAACGAUCAUUUAGAGGGGACGGUUAACUAGCGGGUUUGAAAACUAGGGUGGCCCAAUAACCAAUAACCGAAAAAUGGGACAAAUGGUGUCAAUAAAUUAUGUAUCUUCCUAGUUAAAAUUCCUCAUCGAACGUUACAAAAAUAAAACUAAGAAAAAAAGACAACCCCAUGCCCACCUCCAGGCUAGACACACAUCUUCUGGUGCUCCAUUUUGUAUGGCGUUGAACUAGUGUGGGGAAAACGCUUUUGUUCGUGUGUGUGUGUGUGUGUUUGUUGCGUGUGGCCAACACGAAAGGAAAUAAAAGAGCAGUCCAGCAAAGGGAUGAUGAAUAAUACUGUGCCGCACCUGAGCGGCGCAACGUUUGCGAGCGUUUCGCUGCAGGCAGACUGCGUAGCAAACUACUAACGCCACUGCUGGGUGGGUGGUGUUGCAUCGCCACAACAACAACAACAACCACUACAGCUGAUUGACUGACCAUCGUCGGAAGCAAAACAAUCCAGGCGGGCGUGUAGCCCAAGGUGUAGACGCAACUGCAUCAGUCAGUAGCUAUUUAAACGUAGCGAAGUGAACACUUCAACGUAACACACGCGUGGCGAUACGAUCCACGAUAGCGUGUGUUGUGCAGUGAAUAUUUAACUCUAACAAGAAAAUAUUGAAAAUUUAUCCUUUUUUUUGUUGUUUAACUCAAUUAUUGUCGCUCCAGACCUAAUAAAGGUCGAAGGGAAAACUUCCCCCUAUGAAAUGGUGUGGCAAAAGUAGUGAACGUGUUUGAACAUUUCCCGCCAACAAACGUCAAACUUUCGCUAUUUCGCACCGUGGCACAUACUACUACAGCGUGGUUGAAAAGCUCCCGAAGAAGCGAAAGUGAAAAGCCGUGCAAAUUGUGUUUAUGUGUGUGUGUGUGUGUCUGUGCACUUGUUUUGUGAUUCGUAAGGGUCUGGGUUGGAAAACAAUGAGCGCUCGAUGUAAUUAGAAGGCCAAUAGCAAAAGAAAAAAAAACACACACACGAAGAUGGUUCCGAUUGGAAGCUCUUAGUGUACUGGAAAAUCCCAUAUGUCCCGCUGUACGAACCACAUGGUAACAAGAAACAGGAACCUAACCUAUAAGGUGACUCGUCAUUUUCAUCCUGGCAUGGUAACGCCUGCAAGGGGUAACUGAGCGUCUCCGGAACGUACUCUUCCUUACCGUUGGAGGACAGGUGUUGUGGUAGAAGCUUUAGCAAAACCGUACCGUAGCGCCAUGGUACCACUUCCGUCACUACCCGGACCACUGCAGCCGGCUGCACGGGAACGGCACCAUCAUCAUCAUCGACGACGGGCUCACGGGCUGUACUUCCAUUCAUCACCACCGAAGGUACUACAAAUGAACAACCAUCUAGCAACAAAGGACAUCGACUACAGGAGCAGAGACGCGAUCAAACCAUCGAACAUUCGAAUAUGGUUGCACCACAAGCAAAUGUCCAAGCUGGCGAAGGUGCUCUGGGCGGGUCAGGGUAUGCGAUUGCGGACGGAAACUUCACACCAUCCACGUAUGAAGCGAUUCCUCGAGUGUGUUCCACAUGUCAUGGGUGUUAUCAAGGACAUACACCAGGCCGUGAUAGAUAAUGAUCUGGAUGUGUUGAAGGAAAAGACAGCUCCACCUGCACCGAGAGUGAUACUAACCAGCAAGGAUGCGAACGGUUUGACACCGCUGCACAAGGCAGCCGGUUUGGCACACACCCAGAUCGUCGAGUACAUUCUAUCCGUGUGGCCCAGCCUAUCGUCGGAUGAAGAUCACACCGGCAAGACACCGCUCCAUUGGGCGGCCAGUGCGAAAAACAAUGCACGUAGCUUUAAUCUGCUGGUGCAAGCUGGCGCCGACGAAACGGCACUGGAUGAUCGCAACAAGCCAGCGGAAUACUACAAGAACAAACCGAGUGAUAUUGACCGAUCGCUACUGUCGGUUAUACCGGAGGCGCCACGAAUAUCGCAACAGGGAUUCCCGGCUUACUUCGACUGGGCCAUGUUUACGCUCCCGGACGAUUCCGAUGAGGGUUCACAGCCAACGCGAAUGAAACCGUUUCUUUCGCAGAAUAAUCUACUGGAUGCGGAUGCACCGGAGGGCGGUAUUGGGGUGGCCGACACGGUUAGCAAAUCGAAAUCGGUGCACAAUCUCACGAACGGUGUGCUGACUGAGUUGGGCCGGGAAGAGCGGGAAACGAAUGGGAUGGAAAGCACGGAGCACACAACAGCUGAUGAGGAGACGAAUGGCAAGGAGGCAAAGGAUGAGGAAGCAAACGAUGAACCGGAGGUGCCAGACAACCGAGAAGCAGUAACGGAAGAGCAGGACGGGACAAUAGUGGAGCAUGAUGAUGAUAUUAGCACUCCACCGGCAGGAACUGAUACCGAUGCACCGGAUGUAUCGAACGAUAAGGUUAAUGAUGGUAAUGGUGAUAGCGAUGAUCAUGCACAACUAGCACAACAGACCCAAUCUGAUGGCGAUGUUGUUGAGGAGAUGAUCGUAAAAUCUGAAAAUAAUGACGAAACUCUACCACGAGAAACGAGCGCGAAAGAUACGGUUCCAUUAAAAGAAAAUGGUCACGACGAUAUGCUGAUGGCAGAUGAUCAAGUCGGCGCAAGUCGAAAUACGUCCGCUAAGCACACUACACCGAGUAGUGCUAAAAGCAACGAGUUAGAAAAAUCAUCUGAUACGGAGAUUGAUAAGGAGACGAACCCUUCACCUGUCACGAUGGAAGAAGCAGAAGUAUCCAAGGACAGUCUCGAGCAGGUUGUACCGAAAGAUGACGAAAUCGAACAAGAUAGCCUUGGGAAGGAUUUGGAACAGGAUGAGCUCACGCCGGGCAGCGAUCGAGCAGCUUCUGCUUCAUCCGGCAAGGAAUCAGUAAAGCUAAACUCACAGUCCGACUCACGAGCAACAACAGGGAACAGUGUUAAAUCUACCGUCACAGUGGCCGAACAAGAUGGCGCAGGGGGGCAUAUUAGUAGAAAAUCUUCUGCCAAUGUUGUUCCGAAUGGAAUAGCACCUUCAAAUGGGAUGACAGUAAAUUCUGAGUCCGAAGAUACGCCGGAUGGUAAUAAUGUGGAUGCGAGAGAUGAGCUAGCAUCUGGGCGAAGUGGACGACAUCGAACAUAUCCGAACUCGGCUAAAGAAUCGAUAACAUCCGCAUCGCGUCCAACGAGCUCCAAUGCUGAGGCUCCAAUCGAACCAAUGUCACGGGUGGCUUCUUCAACGCUUACCACACGUCGUGAAUCGGGCAAAUCGUCUCAUUCAUCCACUACCAACCGCAAAGCAUCCAUAUCCGGGUCGCGGAAGUCAGGCAACUCUACCGCUAGUAGCGCUACACGUGCGAACAAAGUUACCCAGGACGGUGACGGUGAAGAUGGUGAUGAUGAUUCGGAAGCAAACGAUGACUCUAAUAAUGCCGAUGUGCAGAUCGCUAGUUACCGUACACCCGACGAGAAAUCAACUCCAACGCGUGAAGAAAGCGGUUCCGAUGAUAAAGAAGAUAAGAUGGAGGAUCCUACUCCCAAUCAACUCGAAGCAGAGCAACACAUGGUAGAAGAAAGUUCGAUUAAAGAUGAUAUGGUAGCAGCUGUUGAAGGUGACACAAUAGACCAGCAAACAGCAGUAACAGCACCGGUAGCAUCAGCUAACGGUUCGGAACCAACGAGCCAGGUGCUGGAAAUUGAAGGCACGGUACAAGGAGAACCAGAUCAAGGACAGCUUCAGUCAGAAAACGAACAACCGCUAGAACUUGCCGAGCAACCGAAUAUACAGCAAACAGUGCAGGACGCUAUCGAUGCUGCAGAUUUGGAGCAGCUGGCUGCGAUCGUGCUGAAUGGUGAAGGAAAACAGUUGAUUGGACGAAAGUCUGAACAAUCGGAAAUACAGGCCUUCCUGGACAAUGUUCCGGCGUACAUGGGUAAAAUACGGCGUGUCCAUCUGGCGGCACGCGAGGGCAGCCUUCGUGAUUUACAGUCGGCACUGGACAGACGUAAAUUUGCCACGGCAAAGGACGAAGUGUCACCGCACGGUGCAACACCCCUGCACGUGGCGACAAUAUUCGGUCAUGCAGGCAUUGUGCGGUAUCUGGCGGGUCGCUUCCCGGAAACACUCAGCGCAACGGAUGACGAUGGACGAACGCCCCUACACUAUGCGGCCACGCUGAAGGACAACGGUCACUUUUACAAUCUUCUAACCCACCUGGGAGCGAACCCGAAGGUGGAGGAUAAUCUCAACCAUUCGGCCGAAUACUAUCUGGGUCACGUGCAGUCCCAGGGUAUCCUUUCCCAUCGGCAACUGUUGCGCGAUUAUGGUGCCAAGGAGGAACUUGCCGAUGAAAUGCUGAACGAUCAAGUUCCAGAUGAUCUUCACAGUGCCCGCCGUCCGUUGGACGAUGUCGACACAUUAACGACACUGGAGCGAUGUUUCAAAAUCAUCCACGAACCGAUCGAUGAUCUGGUGAGAUCGGUCCGGCUGCCCACCAACAGUGUGCCGGGCAGUGCAUCAUCUCUUCGCAUCCUGAUCACAUCCUAUCUGGCACGCUUUCUCAAGCGCAGUGUUUUCGAUAAGGUGAAAAAGCGACAAACCCGUCUAGAUCACAACCUGUUCGAUGUGAUAUGGCCGGCGAUGAAGAAGGCGACCAAGGAGAAGCGUUUGGAUGAAGACCUGAACGUUGGUAUCGUCAUACCGGAUUACGAUGUGUUUGUCGUCUUUCAAGAGUUUCUCGUACCGAUGAUUAAGGAUAUUCACUGUAUGGAAGCAACACAACCGUUUAUGCCUCAUCCGGCAAUGCAGUACUUCCCGCGCUAUGCGAUAAACGAUCAACCAACGGAAGGUGGAACCGCUUCGGCAGCUAGCAACAAUGGUAACGUCUUGCGUGAAAACCCCGACAGCAUACAGCUAAACCUGGACACGUCGGGAAAGUUCAUCACCGGAUGUGUUAUUGAGUGUGGCCGCAACUUGGAUGCGUACGAAUUUCCGCUCAAUCUUGGUAUUGCCCAGCUGGAGCAAGUCGAGCGGGUAAUUACCUCACGAGUGCUUUCCAUGGAUUUCGUGCGUGCCAUCGGUGAGACGGAGCUGGGCACGUACUACAGCAUGAAUGAAAUACUGGAAAAUCCGUCCGAAAUUCGUACGAUUUUGGCCACUAACGGACUGUUGAUACCAUUGCUAGAUCAUACCGAUCCGUAUCAAACAGCCGAAUCGAUCGCCAUCAAUGGAAGGUACUGGCCGUACGGACGUGGUGUGUACGUUAGUGUGGACACAGCGCUGGUCGUGUGGGUCAACACACAGGAUCAUCUGCGACUUCUCUGCUGUACGGAAAGCAAAGAUCCGGCCUCGAUCGGGGCAGCUUACUCAAAGGUUGGACGAGCUAUGAACUAUCUCGAGGAGUGGAUCCAAUUCAAGCACAGCUACUUCCUCGGUAAUCUCCUGUCAAGACCCUCCUUUCUAGGAACGGGACUAAAGUUCACCCUAACGCUUGUUCUGCCCCAUCUGCGCAAGGAGCAGGAAAACCUACGCCAUCUGUGCGUGGUACGCGGAUUGCAUCUCUUCACCGACGAGGAUCUGCCCUCGGUGCGGAUGUGCAACAUGCGCAGCCUCGCCCAAACCGAAUGGCAGCUGUUUCAGGAUUUUAGCGGCGCCAUUACGAACGUGGUCGCACUCGAGAAGGAACUGUCGAUGACGAACUCGUUGCACAUCGCGGCCACGUUGUUGCGCAUAUUUCGUAAGAAGAAGCACAGCCUGGCUGCGGAGGGUUCCGCACCGCAGAACUGAUCGUACCGGCACACUUGCAAGGAUGAUCCCGAACACUGUCCAUGGACCGACAGCGUAGCCGCGUGACGAACAGUUUGAACAAAUUUGGUUGCCUUAUUUAUUACGCAGCGCAGCUAGUGCGCUUGGUUUGCGCUACGUACCGGGUGCAAAGUAU